AUUCAUUUAUGCAUAAAGAAUACGCAAAACAUAUAACGGAAAACAAGGUUUUGGCCUAGAAAGAUUCAUGUCAUUUAACGUCCGGUUUCAGUUGAAAUAAUGAUAUAAAGAUCAAAAACACAAGCUGCAAUAAUCUUCACUCUCAUACUGACAAUGGUGCACGUGGAAAGGAUGAUGUUGCAUGUGUUGUGGGUUUCGGCCGUGUGGGCGGUGGGCGCCCGUGGAUUCCUCUUCCGGCGAACGGACUGCCAGGUGUCGGCCUGGUCGCCGUGGUCCGAGCCGUUCGGGUUCGGACAGGUGUCCCGUGAACGAGCUAUCCUCCGCUACCCGGACAACGGCGGCACCAUUUGUCCGCCAGAAUUAGAGCAGAUAAAAAUUACAGGUAAACGAGCCAGCAUCCAGUCCACUGCGAAAUCCAUCGCAACGAAUUUUAUGGUCCAGAACUCGCUAACAAACAGUUUGUCAGAGGGUCGCCUUCGGGACUUGCUCGUAAUCGUAGACGGGUCGGGAAGCAUAGGACCCACGAACUUCAAUGACACUAAGUACCAACUGGCCCGCCUCCUUGGCAUGCUGUGUCCCACACCGGACCCCUUUAAGGUGUACCAGCGGGCGGCGCUAAUUGAGUUUUCGAGCAAUGUGCGGGAGAUCUUCGACUUCAAUGAUAAGGCGAACACACUGGCUGUGCAGCAGGGCGUCAAGGGGAUGCCAUAUUUCGGGGGCUCAACGUGCACCGCCACCGCAUUUAACUUCGCCCGUAACACCAUGUUCACCGCCGUUAAAGGUAUGCGGAACUCGGACGCGAAACAGGAAGUGCUCAUUUUGACGGAUGGAGAGUCGAACUGCGGCGGGGAUGCCGUUCAGGCCGCCAAGCUGCUCGACAAGACAGCCAAAGUUUACGGGCUUAUGAUCGGCAACCACAGCACGGCCGGCAUGCAGAAACUGACAAACUACGUUUCCUCUCCGAAAAAAGAGCACCUGUUUGCGCUGGAGAACGCACGUGAGCUGAGUCAGCUCGUUGAUCUCGUGGAGCAGCAGCUCAAGUCUAUCCGCUGUGCCCCCUUCGACAUUUGAGUGCUACCGCCGCUUAUGUCCGCCCCCUGUGCCUCCUUCGACAUCUGAGUGCGACCACAUUCCUUAUUGUUAACUGUAUUCUUGUUUGGGUUACUGGUUACUUGUAUUAGAUAUUUUAUUAACCAAAAUCAUUCUGUUUCAAUUUUUUCCAAAGCAUGGAGGUGAUAUGGCAGUGUUUUGAGACCAUUUCGUAAGAUACUAGUAUCUUGAGGGAAUGUGCAGUUUUCUUGCGUGAGAGUUGAACAUAAACAUUUUUCUAAUGAGAUAGCAUAUUCACACGAAAUGAAACAGUAUUUAAAAAAAUGGGAAAAUAAUAAUAAUUAUUAAGGGAAGACAUCGUUGCGAACUUUUCUUAAUUUCGAAUUGUCCGCUCUUUUUGGGUGGCACCUUUUUAUUAGUUUAUAAGUGUUCAUGCGGAGCAAACGUUCGUUCAUACUAAUUGACAAUGUACAGCUAAAUAAUAAAACAUCCACAGUAAUGGAUCCCUAGUUAAAUAUUCACAGUUAAAUGUAUAGUAAAACUGCGGUCGUUCGAACAGGCGGUCGUUCGAGAACCGGCGGGCCCUCCCUUGCUAGGUGUUAAAAUUUUCGCAAGUUGUAAGAAUUGCAAUGACAGUUGAAAGGAAAUUUGAUAAGGUGUGAACAACCGUUUAUCACUGUUUACGCAUGACCGCUAUAAGUUGAUACGGGCAUUUGAGAAGAUAAUUAUGAUUAUAAUACAUGUAUGCACUGUCAUAUCUCAAUGUUGCUUGUUUAGAAAAUGUGCUUUUAGUAAAAAUAAACUUUUUUAAUUACUA